AUGGCGCGCCGCGCGGUCUGGACGUACACCCUUCGCCAGUGCGAAGGCGACGAAGCGACGAAGCUCUACUGCUUUGAGCUGACGGUCGGCGACGUCUCGUGGUCCGUCCUCAAGUCGAUUCAAGACCUCAAGUACCUUCGUCAAACGCUCGCGACGAUGUACCACAACGAAGUCCUCAACGCCAACGCAGAGGCGUACUGGACGUUGGAGCUUCGGAAACUCCUCCAGCUGCCAGUCCCAUCCGCCGGGUGGCUGCCGUGGGCCCCAAAGAAGAUGGAGCGCGCGAUGACAACCCUCCUCUGCUUUUACGAAGACGCGAUGGCCGACACAACACAACCGAGCUUCCUCUUGCAUCGCUACUCGAUCCGGGCCUCGUCCAUGGCGUGUCCUGUGCUGGCGGCACCCAAAAUCCUCGCUUAG